GGUAGGCGCUCGGCUCGCUCCGCCGCCCCGGGCAGCGGCGGGGGCGGCCCCGUCCGGCAGAGCGCUGCGCCGCAGAGCCCCGCUGGAGUCCCCGGCGGUCCCGGGAGGAAGAGGAUGCCGGGGUUGUGCUGAGAGAAAACCUCAACUAUUUGGGUGUCCUAUCCGGGGGAUAUAUCUUUGGUAUGGAUUACAUCUUUGGUCUCCUACAACCUGAGGCAAGAAUGAAUGUGCUAUGUAUGAUAGAGGAAUUAAUUGUAGGAAGAGACAAGUUGAAAGGCUACAUCACAUCAAGAAGCUGGUUUCAAAAUGUUUGCAUUUCUUGCCAGUAACACACAACCGAGAGAACCUGGUUGUCCAAUUGUAAAACAACAAAGUUGCUUCUUUUUUUCCACAGUUCGGAAAGAGCAAGUAGCCAGUGUGUGUUUUAUCAUGUUUCUUGAUUAUUGAGCACAGACUCUUUUAUUAUGCAGAAAUAAUGGAGUGAGGAUUGGUGGACACUCCCUCCCCACCACGCAUUCAGCAACUAAAGACUGUCAAGAUGACCUCUGAAGAGAUGACAGCUUCUGUUCUGGUCUCUGUCAUGCAGGGUAAAGUGAUACCUGCUCAGUCAGCUGGAGAUGAAAAUACUGAGAAUGCUUUGGACACCAGUGUUAUAAAAAGACACACUGCCAGUCCAGGAAGGCAAACCACACGCACUGUCUCAUAUUUACACAGACUGGAAGAAGAAAGUCUUCAGGGCUCAGUGCCCAAAAUAUUCACUUUGACAAAUGAACAAAUGACCGAUGACACUAUUAAUGAAAACUUCUGGGAGAGAAACAAUGCCAUCUCUGAUUCAGUGAAAUUUCUUAACAUUAACUGUAACAUUGUACAGAAAAACUACAAGAGCAAUAUCCCAUGCAGCCAGUUGUAUAAAUCUUGUGGCCCUUUAACAGGGGAAGAGGCGUGCCUGGAAACUGGAAUUCCUGUUUCACUGGAAAGAGCUAUGCUUGCUGAAAUUCAGUUGAAAAUGAAUGGACCUUCAUUAAGAAGCCAGACAGCGGUAAAUGAGAGUGAUGGCAACGAUACCGAUGAAGUAGCCGUUUUUCACUUUCAUUGUGCUAGUGAAAGGAAUAUAUCAAAGGCUUUGUGCAAAUUACACAACGGCUUCAUUUUCAGUGACUGCAUACAGUCAGUAAGUGUUGGCAAUAGUAGCACUACUGGCUCCCCGGCAUGCACUUGCACGUUGGUGGAGUUGACAAAUAAUUGUGAGAAUGAAAACGGACAACACUUGUAUGAUGACACUUUAAGGGAUAAGUACUUCUGUCUGGAAAGAGCACCACGAAAGGUUAAAGUGGCAUGCUCAGGUCACAGCUUCUUUGGAAAUAACUUUACUGGAAGAAUGCCCUCAAAGCCCUUUCUGAGCCAUUUUGAAGACUGUAAUGAUAACUGUGAAGAAGAGAUGGAGGAGGAUUUUUUUAGAAGCAAAAAGGAACGCUCCACAUUAUUAAUAAGACGUUUCUGUAAAAAUGAUAAGGAGGUUAAAAAAUCAGUUUAUACUGGAACGAGAGCGAUUGUUAGGACUUUACCUUCAGGGCACAUAGGAACUGUUGCUUGGAAUUACGUUGAGCAGAGGAAAAACAACAGUGGCUUGAAGCAUUCUAGGAUUACAACAGAACAGCUCACUAUAAUUCAGAGCUUAAUAAAGUGGGAAUUUAAUUCCUUUCUUGAGACCUCUUUAUGGUAUGAGAUCCUCAGUACAGUGAGAGAAGAAGGAACAGAAGGCAUCUUUGUAUAUUUUCCUCAUCGGCUGAGAAAACUCCCAGCCUUAGAUACAGCCUGUAUAUGCAAAGGGGAUGGUUUAUGUGUGAAACCAUGUGCAACAGGUGCUUUCUCUCAAUAUCGUGCCACUUUACAGAGGACUGCACUCUCUAACUAUAUAACUGGUGCUUUACUAGAAGCAACUACAUCACUAGGAGCAAGAAGCGGUCUUCUAAAUAUCUUCGGAGGAUCAACUGGAAGAACAAUGCUUAAAGAACGUCAAGCGUGUACAUCUAUGGCCAGCUCCAGUGGCCUUCCCUCCAAUGUGGCUGGUAUCAGCAAGGAGCUCAUCGAACUGCAGCACCUCAUUCAGUUCCCAGAGGAGGUUGCCAGCAUUCUCACUGAGCAGGAGCAGGAGCUCUACCGGAAAGUCUUACCCAUUGACUACCUCUGCUUCUUAACCAGGGAUUUGGGUAAUGCUGAGUGUCAAAGCAAGCUUCCUUGUAUUAAAGCUUCCAUAUCUGCCACUAUUCUUUCUUCCCCAAAUGGUGAACGUAAUGCUGUAGAAGAUCUUGUGACAAGAUUUAAUGAGGUGAGCUCAUGGGUGACCUGGCUGAUCCUGACUGCAGGUUCUAUGGAGGAGAAACGAGAAGUCUUCUCAUAUUUAGUACAUGUGGCAAAAUGCUGCUGGAAUAUGGGCAACUACAAUGCUGUAAUGGAAUUUUUGGCAGGACUAAGGUCAAGAAAAGUUUUAAAAAUGUGGCAAUUUAUGGACCAGUCUGAUAUUGAAACCAUGCGAAGUCUGAAAGAUGCUAUGGCACAGCAUGAGUCCUCAUCUGAGUACAGGAAAGUGGUCAACCGGGCACUGAAUAUUCCGGGCUGUAAAGUAGUUCCUUUCUGUGGUGUAUUUUUAAAAGAGCUUUGUGAAAUUUUGGAUGGAGCAUCAAGCCUCAUCAGACUCUGCCCACAGUAUAAUUCCCAGGAUGAGACAUUAGAGUUUGUUUCAGAUUACAGUGGACAAGAUAAUUUCUUGCAACGAGUAGGCCAAGAUGGUUUAAAUAAUCCAGAAAAAGAAUCCACAGCAAACAGUAUAUUUCAAACAAUUCGGAGCUGUAAUCGCAGUUUGGAAUCUGAAGAGGGUGAAGAUAAUGUCAGUGAAGGAAGCAAUUCAAGGAAAAACUCCUUGAAGGACAGAAACCGUUACCAAUUUAUAAUUGGAGAUCUUUCAGAUUCUGAAAGUGAUAUAUUUGAGCAGCUGAAGGAUUGGGACACAAGUUCAACAGAAGAGCAACAAAAGGCUUUCUGCCAUGGGAUAGAACUCAUUCCCUGGUAUGUGUUGUCCAUCAGAGCUGAUGUCCACCAGUUUAUGCUGCAAGGGGCGACUGUCAUCCAUUAUGACCAGGAGACACAUCUUUCAGCACGUUGCUUCCUUCAGCUUCAGCCUGACAAUAGUACUUUAACUUGGACAAAACCCACAACAGUUUGCCCAGCAAAUGCUAAGGCAAAGCUGAGCGUGCUGGGUAAUACUGCUGAGCUUGGUAAAUACCAGUUCCUUGGCAAUACUGGACUAAAUGGACUGGUGGAAGGUUUUCUGGAUUUGUUUUCAGCCAAGGCUGUGUAUAUGGGACACUCUGGCAUUGAUAUGCACACUGUGUGUGUUCAGAAUAAACUUUGUAAUAUGUCCCUUGAAGAAAAUGGUAUAACACUACUUUAUGGACUUCAGACUACUGAUAAUAAGUUGCUGCACUUUGUUGCUCCAAAAUAUACUGCCAGAAUGCUCUAUGAUGGACUGCUGGAAUUGACUAAAGCUGUAAGAAAAAUGAGGAGAUUCCCUGAUCAAAGAUUACAGUGGCUACGGAAACAGUAUGUCAGCCUUUACCAGGAGGAUGGAAGGUUUGAAGGCCCAACCUUGGCUCAGGCUGUUGAAUUGUUUGGAGGCAGACGAUGGAGCGCAAGAAACACAAGCACAGGAACUCUGACCAAAAGCACUGAGAAACCUAGUGUGCAGAGAAACAACACUCUGGGAAUCAGUGCAGCUAAGAAAAAGAAGAAAGUGCUUAUGAGGGGUGAAAGUGGAGAGGCCACUGAUGAUGAAAUGGCAACUCGGAAGGCAAAAAGCUGCAAGGAGUAUCGUAACAGAAGUGGUUCAGAUCCUCAAGAUAUUGAUGAACAAGAAGAAUCAGAUCAAAAUAUUAUUAUUAAUGCUUCUCCAUCUAACACCCUGUCAUCAAGAAGAGCUCACUCUCUGACAGCAUCUGGACCUCCUAAUUUAGGAGCUGCCACCUCCUCACCAGCCCGACCAGUGUCCUCUCCUGUAAUGCCUUCAAGCAAGAGUCAGUCAAGCACGUGGAGCAGCAGUAGCUGGCAUGGCCGUGUUAAAGGAGGAAUGAAGGGGUUCCAGAACUUCAUGGUUUCUGAUAGUAACAUGACUUUUGUGGAAUUUGUGGAGCUCUUCAAAUCUUUCAGUGUCCGUAGCCGCAAAGACCUUAAAGACCUUUUCGAUGUCUAUGCUGUGCCUUGCAAUCGAUCCGGUUUAGACCCUACUCCACUUUAUACUAAUUUGAAGAUUGAUGAAAACAGCAUUGGAUUCCAACCUGAUUUAGAUUUGUUGACUAGGAAUGUUUCAGAUCUUGGUUUGUUCAUUAAGAGUAGGCAGCAGUUGUCAGAUAACCAGAGGCAAAUAUCUGAUGCUAUUGCUGCUGCCAGCAUUGUAACUAAUGGUACUGGAGUGGAAAGCACAUCACUGGGGAUAUUUGGUGUGGGCAUCCAUCAGCUGAAUGACUUCCUUGUGAACUGCCAAGGAGAACACUGCACCUAUGAUGAAAUCCUCAGCAUUAUCCAGAAGUUCGAACCCAGUGUCAAUAUGUGCCAGCAGGGGCUACUAUCUUUCGAAGGAUUUGCGAGGUUUUUGAUGGAUAAAGACAACUUUGCCUCCAAAAAUGAUGAGUCACAAGAGAAUGCUGAGGACUUGCAGUUUCCCCUGUCAUAUUACUACAUUGAAUCUUCACACAAUACCUAUCUUACUGGCCAUCAACUUAAAGGGGAAUCCUCGGUGGAGCUCUACAGCCAGGUUCUCCUACAAGGCUGUAGAAGUGUCGAAUUAGACUGCUGGGAUGGCGAUGAUGGGAUGCCUAUCAUUUACCAUGGGCACACUCUUACUACUAAGAUUUCUUUUAAGGAGGUAGUUGAAGCUAUUGAUCGCAAUGCAUUUAUCACCUCUGACAUGCCAAUUAUCAUAUCCAUAGAAAACCACUGUUCCUUACCUCAGCAGCGCAAGAUGGCUGAAAUUUUCAAGAAUGUAUUUGGAGAUAAGCUGGUAACCAAGUUUUUAUUUGAGAGUGACUUUUCUGAUGACCCCAUGCUUCCUUCACCUGGCCAACUGAAAAGAAAAAUCCUGCUUAAAAACAAGAAGCUCAAAGCCCAUCAAACGCCAGUGGAUAUACUGAAACAGAAGGCUCACCAGCUGGCGCAUAUGCAAGCACAGGCUAGCAAUGGUGCUAGCAACCUCACACCUACCAAUGAAGAGGAAGAAGAUGAAGAGGAUGAAUAUGACUAUGACUAUGAAUCUCUCUCUGAUGAUAACAUUCUUGAUGACCGACCUGAGAAUAAAUUAUCAAGUGAUAAGCUGCAGUUUGAAUAUAAUGAAGAGACCGCCAAAAGAAUAAAGAAGGCUGAUUGUGCUACUUACAGUAAUAAAGGAAAGGUUUACGAUAUGGAACUGGGUGAAGAAUUCUAUCUUCCACAAAAUAAGAAGGAAAGCCGACAGAUAGCCCCAGAGCUAUCUGAUCUCGUCAUUUACUGUCAAGCUGUAAAGUUCCCAGGCUUGUCAACUCUAAACCCAUCUGGCUCUAGCAGAGGAAAAGAAAGAAAAAGCAGGAAGUCCAUUUUUGGCAACAAUCCUGGCAGACUGAGCCCUGGGGAGUCAGCUGCUCUUGCCAAAGCAUCUGGAAAAGGUCCUUUCGAUGUGAUGCGGCAGACGUGGGAAGACCCUUCCUCUCCUUAUAAUUCUCCAGCUUCUCUCAGUGCUAUCAUAAGGACGCCCAAGUGCUACCACAUCUCCUCCCUGAACGAGAACGCAGCCAAGCGGCUGUGCCGGCGGUACUCCCAGAAGCUGAUCCAGCACACCACCUGCCAGCUCCUCCGGACGUACCCCGCAGCCACGCGCAUUGACUCCUCCAAUCCCCACCCGCUCAUUUUCUGGCUCCAUGGUGUGCAGCUCGUGGCUCUUAACUACCAGACAGACGAUCUUCCUCUGCAACUCAAUGCAGCGAUGUUUGAGGCUAAUGGUGGCUGUGGAUAUGUUCUGAAACCUCCUGUUCUGUGGGAUAAGAAUUGUGCAAUGUACCAGCAGUUUUGUCCGUUAGAAAGAGAUCUUGAUAAUAAAGAGCCAGCUAUAUAUUCUUUAACAAUUGUGUCUGGGCAGAACGUGUGCCCCAGCAACAGCACAGGAAGUCCGUGCAUUGAAAUCGAUGUGCUCGGGAUGCCACUGGACAGCUGCCAUUUCCGGACCAAACCCAUUCAUCGCAACACGCUCAACCCAAUGUGGAACGAGCAGUUUCUUUUCCGUGUUCAUUUUGAAGAUUUGGUCUUUCUGCGGUUCGCAGUCGUUGAAAAUAACAGCUCAGCUAUCACGGCUCAAAGGAUCAUUCCGCUGAAAGCUCUGAAAAGAGGCUACAGACAUGUCCAACUCCACAACCUGCACAAUGAGGCACUGGAAAUCUCUAGUUUGUUCAUAAACAGUCGGAGGAUGGAAGAAAGUCCCUCUGGAAACACUGUGCCUGCAUCUAUUUUGUUUAGUUCGGGCGAAAGGAAAGCCUCUGUGCCUUACAAAGUGACAAUUCAUGGAAUCCCAGGCCCGGAGCCCUUCACUGUUUUUACCAUCAGCGGAGGGACCACAGCUGCACAGCUUCUGCAUCAGCUCUUGGCGACCACAAAAGGCACUGAGUCAUGUGCUGCAGACUAUUUUCUGAUGGAAGAGAAAAGUUUUUUAUCGAAAGAAAAGAGCGAAUGCAGAAAACCACCGUUCCAGAGAGUAAUUGGUCCUGAAGAAGGGCUCGUGCAGCUCUUGAACAGUUGGUUCCCAGAAGAGGGAUAUGUUGGAAGAAUCAUCUUUAAAACCCGAGAGGAAAAUUUAAACGAGAGAAACGUCUUUCAGGAAGCAAAGGAAGAUGCAGCCAUCACCUCGGAGGAUGACAGUUUCUUCGUUCAGGUACACGAUGUCUCCCCCGAGCAACCACGCACUGUCAUCAAGGCGCCCCGCUUCAGCACCGCGCAGGAUGUCAUACAGCAGACUCUUUGCAAAGCCAAGUACUCCUACAGCAUUCUGAGCAAUCCAAAUCCGAGCGACUACGUCCUCCUGGAAGAGGUGACAAAAGAGCCAACAAACAAGAAGUCCUCAACAUCUAAACCAUCUCAGAGGAUUCUCUCUGAUCAAGAGUGUGUGUUUCAGGCCCAAAGCAAGUGGAAAGGAGCAGGAAAAUUUAUCCUUAAACUCAAAGAACAGGUUCAGGCUGCACGAGAUGACAAAAGAAAAGGCCUUUCCUUUACCAGUGAGCUCAAGAAGCUGACCAAGUCAAGCAAGCAGUACCGGGGCUUCAUUUCACCGCCCCUGCAAGCUCUGCCUGACAGCCCACAGAGUAAGGAUGACAGGUCCUCGUGCAGCUUGACUUUUAGUGACGCUAUGGAAUAGUAACCACCAGCGCCUCCAGUAGGGCCUGUGCAGAUAUGAACAAACACAUUGGAUGUCGUCUUUCUAGACGAAUAAGGUGACCCUAAAUCAUCACAACAGAAUUCAAGCGAAACGAAGUAGAUUGUGGAAAAAUCCCGGUCACAUUCCCUCCUCUCCAGCAUUUGUUCUUUCAUUUAUUCCGCAAACUGGAAUUUACAACACUGAACCCUUCUCCAGUGCCCUUGGAGGAAUCUGCUGAGGUCUGAACUCGUUGGCAGUUGUUUGGUCUGUGCAUUUAAUGCCUAACCAGGCAGUGCUGCUGGAUUAACAUCCAGAAUCUGGGAACGCUGAAUGGGAGGGCGGAGAUUGGAGAGCGGCCUGGCAGCUGCCAGAAGAGCCCCCUCUUCCCCUGUAUCUUCACUUCUGCAAAGUCUUGACAGGCAGAUGAAGAAUUUUUCAUGGACUGUAUGUUGGAAACAAACGUGUUACCACCCCCGCCUCCUUUUUAAAGAAAAGGUUUUAGCUAAUUGCCUUAAGGGAAACCGAAGGCAGAGAACCAGAGUGUUCUUUUAUGUGUAUUAUAUUAAAAUAAUGCACUUUUACAUAAAGAUUCCUGUUGAACACUGUGUUUAGUGAUUUGUAAAGAGAUUUAAAUAUACUGUAACUUCCUUGGCUUAUCAGUUUAACUUCGGUGAAUAUACACAAAAUGCUCCAGUUAUUUAUGGGUUAUCUGCUUUAACAAAAUAUUGUACAAUAGUUAAAUACACCUAACUUGUAGCGAUACUCUGACAAGGAACAACAUUAUCGUCUUAUAAAGUCUAGUUUUCCAGGCUCGUGUUUAAGGAAAGAAUAUUUAUUAUCAUGUUCCAAAGUAUGUGUCAUUGUGUAAUAUAUUUAUCACAUACUACUUUUUAGAAACUGCAGAAUUUUCACCUCCUCCUGGAUCUAGAGGAAAAAAAUGUUUGAAUUUUCCUGCUUGUUUCUUUUCAGCACAAGAAGUCGAUACCCCAAACUGACCAAACUCAACCAGCGUACUGAAAAACGUAAUUAACACUUCAGAAUUGCAUGGAAAUGUCUACUUUCUUUUUUUUUUUUUAACUUACUUGUUAAACCCAGAGACCAUAAACACCUCUUACACUACAACUCUUGACAUUUUGUUUACAUGGAAACACUGUUUAAAGUCUGAUGUUUGCUGAAUUCAUCUUUUGCUAUGUAAGAUAUUGGGGUUAUCUCUUUUUUUUUUUCUCCAUGGGGGUUAUUAAUGUUCUUAGUUAGUUAAAGCAAUCUGUACCAACUUACAGGGGAACAAAUGAAACAACUGCUGAAACCACCCAGCCCUUCCAUUUCCCACACAACAUCUAUCUAUCUGUGGUGAACAAGUGGCCCUGCACACAUUUGGGCUCCCUGGAGCACUCCCUGAACCACGCCAAGUUAGCUGGCUGACUAAAGCAAGAAUCUGUACUAUAGGGAUCGACUCCUGCAGUCACAGAUUGCACAGCAACUUUAGCACUCGAGAACAAACCACUGCUGCUCCUGAGAGAGAGUGAGUCUGCAUCAGGCAAAGGAUAGAACAGCGCUGCAGCUACAACAAGGAUGUGUACUUCUGGUAGCACAAGGAUGAAAGGGAAAGAAGGCCUAUUAUCUGCAGAUGGUAGAGCUCCUCUCUCCCUCACUAAUUACAAAAUGAACCGAAAGAAAGCAAACUCAUGAUCUGAGGUGCAAGUAAGCAGGUAGAAGCUAGUUCUCCCACCAGGUUCUAUUAUCAUGCGCUAUGGAGAAUUCCUGUCUGUUAGCUGCUAGCAAGGCAAAACGUGCCCCCUUGAGGGCAUUUCCAGCUUUCAGGAAACAUAACCCCAGACCCGCUCGCAUAUCCCCUCCCUGAGGCUGUGCACCUCCCAGUGCUUACCUUUAGUACUGAUACAGAAAAACAGUUUUCUAUGCGUAAUUUGCUGUGGAAUACUUCUGAAUUACUGGGAAAUGCCUCAACCUACUGCACAAUCCAACUAAUGCGGCAGGUUUUUAAAUGGUUCUCUUAUUCUCCAGUAUUUGAACACAGUGGCAGUUCCAUAUCACUGAUUUUUUUUCUUCCAGUGCUUUGGGGUAUUUUUAGAAAUAAUACUUAUUUUCCUGUAGAGUUUAUCCUUAACUAUUUGGCUUUUUUAAAAAAAAUAUUUUUCAGCAGUUCUGAAAACAAUAGAGUUAACAUCACUCUUUGUACCAUGCUUGCUCCAACAUAGAAAAUGCUUACAUCCAUUCAUCAGCCAGUAAUGCUUUUCUGUCAUGUAGCCUUACUUACUUAAAUUAAAAAAUUAAAUAAAUAAAUCUUGUCAAAUUAAGGGGUAACAGCAGCCAUGUCACAGUGUGUAAAACAGCCCCACCACUGGCCCACAGUCUAGUGGAACUUACUUAGGAACAGCAGUUAAGUACUUGUUCUGCUAAUACAAGAACUCUCCGGUUGUGGGAAAAGGUGAUUAAUGUAAAUAAAUAUCAUCAUCAAGGUCUAAAACUGCUUUUUCUGCUGUCCCAGUAAAACAGAACAGGAAAAUAUUUAUCUAGAAUUUUGUCAGGCUAAUUAUAAAGUUCCAGUAUUUUCAUUAAUGCACAAGUAUCGGAAUCGCAAGUUACAGAAAGGGUCUGGCUACUGCUAAGUGUCAGAGUGAGGGGUUUUUUUUGCUGGUGGAAUGGAGUUCCUGUUUGUUUGGUGCAGAUGGAAAGCAAGAGAGUACCCUUCCACUUGGGUGCAUUCCAAAUAGCCCAGUAAUGAAAAUCUGCCAGCACUUAAAGCAUUAAAGAGGUUUGGGUUUUUGUUAAGUUAGUUUUAAGAAAUCCCAGUUAAACAGAUUUCAUGUGAGAAGUUAUUAAUUCUACCAGGAAAAUUUAUUUUGCUUACUUAUCCACAGAUAAUUUUCUUUCUGGAGGAAUACUUGCCCACAUAUUCCUGUGACAAAAUAGCUUUGUCCCUUUCUGCACUUUUGGCUGGGUAUGGACUGACUGACUUCAAUUAGGAAAAGACAUUCAUUUUCACAUUACAGACUAUUUACAGGAAGCAGCUUCCAGGAUAAAGUCGGAAAGAAAGGAAUGUAAAUAAGCAACACCUUCCAGGAAAAAAAAAAGCACUCUGAGUGGUAGCAGGCUCCAUUCUGAUGAGUUUACAGGUAAAACCCUCACACUCUGUUGCCUCUUGGCCAUACGGGAGUAUUUUAUUCAACUUUAAAAAAAAAAAACAAACAAAAAAACACUGUUACUUUUAUACCAAUGUCUUUGAUUUUCCUUGCAAAGCAUGUGCUCGUUGCAGUGCUGUGACUGGAUGGGACAGAACUCGGGCUGCCAGGGAUCCUGGGCUCGCUGCGGUACUGCUCAGUUUUCAGGAACUGGGGCACACCAGGGGUACUUCCUAUGGGCUGAAGGGUUUCCUGUUCAUAUCUUACUGAUCCCAACUUAAACGAAGAAGCAAAAUACUGUACAAUUUUUAUAUAGUAUAGUUACAAUUUUUAAAUCCUAAUCACCUAUUUUUAUUGAUACUAUAGAGUUGUACUAGAUGAAGGAUCUCAAUAGCCGUCUUUUCAAAGUGGUCUGCUUCUAGACAUGAUACGCUUCUAGGAAUUAUUAAUUAAAGACUUCAACUAGUAAUUUAUGGGAACGUGUUCCUAAAUAUUUCAGGAACACGUUCCCAUAAAUUACUAGGUUGAAGUCUUUAAAAAAAGAACAUGCCGGUAGCUUUCCAUUUCAGUGAAAGGUUGAGCCUGCAGCUUCUGAAACGGAACUGUCCCUUCUGCUCUUGCUCUCUGAAUGCUGCUAAGCUUCAGCUAAUGUUUGCUUUUCAAUCACUGGCUGUUACUAGACCGCUACAAAACUCAGUUUACUUUUAGGGUAUCCCACUAAAUGUAACAAUGGUGGAGUUUUUUCAUUAUGUCAUAAAUAUUUUGUCACUGCAAUAGCGAUAGACAUUUGGCAGGGUUAGCAAAUUAAACACAAAAAUAAGUAACAGUGAAUAGAUUUUGCUCCAAUACUUGUAUAGAGUAUUUCAGAAGGACUGACUGGCUUGUUAGUUGCACACUCAUCUUCGUCUGCCUCCUCACACGUCACGGUAUUCUGCCGGUGCAGCGUCACUACGUGCCAGUCAUUAGAUUGUUUGGAAACUAUGUAAAAUGAACAAUUCUAAAAGCAGCUUUCCACCUAAGCUAUUUCCUCUCUGCUGACUUGAAGAAUAAACUUGUGUUUGUAUAUGUUGUAAAAAAAUAAAUGGUUUAAGAUGUUGACUUUC